AUGGGUGCCCGAGGUGUCUUGGAUCGUCAGCGAGACGACGCAGACGCAGCGCGGGCGGUGACGCAGCAUGAAUUCCUCCUAAUUAAGGUGGUGAAGGCUGACAGGCAAACCAUCUUGGCUGGCGUCACAAUCUUCAGCAGGAUCGCGAGCGACUCUUCUUCAGGCAUAGUCGCUGCAGUCGAGGACGGGAUCCAACACCUUGAAGUCGACGCCCGUCAAGAGACCCUGCUCAAGGUAAUAGGAGUUCUGUCCAAGAUACCGGCUCGGCUAAGCAACAACCUUCCUGACGAAGAGAGGAAGGCUCUCAUAGAUCUGAAGAAGGACAAGACCAUCGUAGUCCUUCCGGCCGACAAAGGUAACCGCACGGUCGUCAUAAAUCGCGCUGACUAUGAGAAGAGGCCAGGAGAACUCCUGAACGGGGAGGCUUACUCCAAGAUCAAGAAAGAUCCGACUCCUCAAACCCAAACCAAUCUGAACAAACUUUUAUCGCAAAUCUUCACCAAUCAUCCCGAAUUCAAAAACCUCUACCUGAGGUUGAUUUGCAGAAACGGAUCCGCUCCGAGUUUCUACGGCCUCCCAAAGGUUCAUAAAACGGGAAUUCCUGUCCGACCCAUCGUCGAUUUCACCGGCGCCCCCUUACGGGCUCUGUCAUCCUAUCUUCACAAGAUUAUCCAGCCUCUGACUGGGAAGACGGACACAUACAUCCGCCACUCGGGGCAUUUCGUAGAACUGGCGUCCAACGUUGCGCUUGAGGAAACCGAUCGUAUGGUGUCUUUCGACGUGGUUUCCCUUUUCACCAGCGUGCCUGUGACCCUCGCACUGACUGUGACGCGCCGGGCCCUCGAAGACGACUCCGCCCUGAACGACCGAACUCCACUUUCGGUAGACCAGAUAUGCCAGCUGUUGGAUUUCUGCCUCUCAAGCACUUACUUCUCUUUCAACAACGUGUUUUACAGACAGACCAGUGAGACAGCCAUGGGGGCCUCGAUAUCGGCAACAGUGACAGCCCUCGUAAUGGAGGAUAUCGAAAAGCGAGCGCUUGCCGCGUGUGACCCCAAGCCCAAGUUGUUUGUACGCUACGUAGACGAUCGCUUCUGUGUGGUAAAAUCCGGCGAGGCCAGCAACCUGCUCGCCCGUUUGAACUCCGUGGAUCCCCACAUUCACCAGCUGGACGCCGCAGAGUUGCUCUUCCAGAUCCGAGCUAAGCAGUACGGCCCCCACUGCUUCUCAUUACCCAUUUUGCGGCUCUGUGGAGACAGCUGA